CACAAGAAGUAAUAUUUGUGGUGUCGCCUUCUUGUUCUCUUGCUGAUGACUCAUGUCAUCACAUCGGUUCCUGAGUCAGCAAAACAAGAAACGGACACCCCUCCAGCCAGCAACAGCAAGCGAGCACAACAGCCAAGACAGCAAGCGGCAUGGCUGGUGCUGCUGGUGAUGAUGGGCAUGGCCCUCGCGCCGUCAAGGCCCAGCCGUUGUCCGAAGAUGAAGCCACCUCGCCAGGAUCACGUCGCUCUGAGUACUGCGAUAACCGAGUGAUCACUUCCAAGUACACGCUCUUGACCUUCCUCCCGAUCAACUUGUUUGAGCAGUUUCGCCGCGCAGCCAAUUUUUACUUCCUGACCAUGAUGAUCAUCGCAUACAUUCCUGGAGUCGCUGUGAUUGCUCCCAUCACGUCUGUGCUGCCACUUGUGUUCGUCAUCGGCGUCACGGCCAUCAAGCAAGCCUACGAGGACUACAGGCGGCAUCGAGCAGACGCGGAGAUCAACCUUCGCAAGACGCGCAUCCUGGACAACCAGGGCCAGCACCACGACAUCAACUACCAAGACGUCCGCGUUGGCGACAUUGUAAAGGUGCUGGACGGCGAGGAGUUUCCGUGCGAUCUCGUGCUGCUGUCGUCGUCCAUUGCCUCGCACGACUGCUUCAUCACAACAGCAAACCUCGACGGCGAAGCCACGCUCAAGGUUCGGUAUUGUCCACAGCUGCUGCACAACGAGAGCUGGAGCGAGCUGAUCAGCGGCGCGCUGAGCGUGGAGUGCUCGGCACCAGACCCGCACCUCUACGAAUUCGAUGGCACCGUCCACCGCACACGCCCUGGGGAGCAGCGCGAAGAAACGGAAAGCAUUGGCAUCAAGCAGCUGCUGUUGAAAGGUGCCCGUUUGCGCAACACAGAUUACAUCUAUGGUCUCGCCGUCUACACGGGAAAGGACAGCAAGACUGCGCUGAACCAGCCCAAGGCGCGGUUCAAGUUCUCGACUGUCGAGCGGCGACUGAACUUCUUCCUCGCAUUCUACUUUGUGUUUCUCCUCAUCAUGUGCACCCUCUCUGUUCUCGUGCACCUCUCCUGGAUCGAUAAGGAGCGUCGCUUCUGGCCCAUCUUCGCACAGGACGAAACGACGACUGUCGGCGACAACGCCAAGAGCUGGCUGUCGUUCAUGCUGCUUUACAACUGGGUGAUCCCCAUCUCGCUCUACGUGACAAUGGAGCUGCAGAAGCUGGCUGGGUCGUUUCUAAUCGGGUGGGACGUCGACAUGUACGAUCCCGUUCAGGACGAGCCGGCACAGGCCAGGACUUCCGACUUGAUGGAGGACGUUGGGCAGAUCAACUACGUGUUUGCAGACAAGACGGGGACGUUGACGGAGAACGAGAUGGUGUUCAAGCACUGCAACAUUGGUGACACGUGUCUCUCUGUCGAGGGCUAUUACGAACGCCUGGCUGUGCAGCCGCUGCCAUCACGCCACUCCGCAUCCACCCCUUCCUCGGUUGUGCCGUCAACAGCGGCGUCGUUCAGUGGUGGCGCUAUCAGCACACAUCGCCACCACGACCAGGAUCAAGAUCAAUACGCGAAUGGCGGUGCAUGGACGGGGCGUGGUCGUGGUGGUGGUGGCAGCAGUGGGCGGCACGGGAGCCAGCUCUACCUUGAAUCGCCAACGCAAUCACCCCACCGUCACACAGCACCGUCAUCAUCAACCACAAGAACAGCGGCAGCAACAACAACAGCGCCACCGGCUGCGCUUUCGCGUGUGGAUGUGCGUGCGAGCCGCUCGUCAACGGAGCGGGCGAUGCGUGGUGGAUCAACAACACACGCGCACGUGCACCGCGGAUCUGUCAACAAUGGUGAUGGACGUGAACACGGCAUGGUGGACGGGGAGGCGGCAGACCUGGGGGACGGCGAGUUCGCGGACAGGUCGCUGUCCAGGGUUGCGCUGCUGGGCGGUGGCAACGGUGAUGAUGACGACGAUGGUGAUGGCGGUGGAUUGGAGGAAGUGGCGAUGACAUCUUCACAGUUGAGUCAUGAUGACAUGCCAGACACAGCAGCAGGGUCAACAUCAACGCCAGCAACGGACGUGACCUCUGUCAUGGCGCGUGCUGAUGUGAUUGCGUUCUUCGAGUGCCUGGCCGUGUGCCACACUGUCACGAUUGAGUACGAGGGUGUCGUGGCGGCAGACGGCUCCACUGUCCGGCAGCGAAAAUUAGCGGCGUCAUCGCCAGAUGAGGAAGCGCUUGUCCAAGCUGCGGAGAUGCACCAGGUUGGAUUUAAGCUCGAGGAGCGAACGGACAAGAAGAUGAGCAUUUCCCACAACGGCAAUCUCCUCACCUACCAGAUUAUCCACGUGCUCGAGUUUGACUCAAAGCGAAAGCGCAUGAGCGUACUUGUGCGAGAUGACCGGGGCCGCGUUCGCCUGCUGCUGAAGGGCGCAGACAGUGCUGUUCUUCCGCGCACAAACGCCGCACACGCACACGCACUCAAUGAAGAGAGACAGCGAUACGCAGCGUGCCAGCUGUGUCUGGAUCACUAUUCGCGAAAAGGACUGCGAACACUCGUCGUUGCGUCGCGGACAUUCACGCAAGAGGAAGCCGAUGCCAUCUUGCCAGCUCUGCAGAAGGCGAACGAGUCACUGGAGAACCGCAAGAAGAAGUUGAAUGCGCUGUACAACAAACUUGAGACGAACCUGACGCUGCUCGGAGUGACGGCGGUGGAAGAUCGAUUGCAGGACGGCGUUCCAGACACAAUCGUGAAGAUUCGUGAGGCGCAAAUUGCGCUCUGGGUCCUCACUGGCGAUAAGGUCCAGACAGCCAUCAAUAUCAGCAUUUCAGCAGGCCACUUCACGGCCGACCACCCCCGCCUCAAAGCAAUCUCCAUCAAGGAUCCGCGUGAAUGCAAACGCGUUUUGCUCAAGUUCUACCGCCGCGUUGAGGCGAUGCUUGCAGGCAACAGCGAUGAGGCACCGUCAUCACCCUCGUCAGCGUACGGAACGCUUCCGUCUGUGCCAAGCACGCGGGAUCGACCGAGUGCAGACCAGGGAUCGACGGCGAUGGUGGCGCUGAUCCUGGACGACGUGACGCUCGCUGUUGCCCUCAAGCACCAUGCCAGCCUCUUCCGCGCACUCAGCAUGCGGUGCCGUGCUGUCCUGUGCUGUCGAUUGUCGCCCGCGCAGAAAGCGGCAGUCGUGCGGCUCGUGAAGACGGGGGCCGUGGUGAUGGGCGAUGACAUGUCGCUGGGCACGAAUUUGCAUGCAAGCAACAGCGGGAACGGGACCGGCAAUGGAAAUGGAAACGGUGGAGAGCGCACGGCUGGUGCAGCAGCAGCAGCAGCCAGCGGUAGUGGCGGUGUUGGUGUUGGAGAUGAUUCUGAUUCGUUUUCGCCGCCAGCAGUAGCUGCUGCGCCGAUCACGCUGGCGAUUGGCGAUGGUGCGAACGACGUCGCCAUGAUCAGGGAGGCGCAUAUUGGUGUUGGCAUCACGGGCAAGGAGGGCAGACAAGCAGCGCGCACCAGUGAUUAUUCGCUUGCGCGAUUUCGGUUUCUUGCGCGUCUUCUUCUCGUCCACGGCCACUACUCAUAUUGGCGCAUGGCGUACACCGUCCAGUACUUUUUCUACAAAAACCUCAUCUACAUCCUCCCCUUCAUCUAUUUUGGACCGCGCACGCUCUUCUCUGCUCAGACGCUGUAUGAGCAGUGGCUGCUGACGUUCUGGUCUGUGCUGUUCACGUCGCUGCCCAUCCUGUGCUUUGGAAUCUUCGAGCAAGACAUUGACGCGCCGCUGCUGAUGUCGCACCCGCGCACAUAUGCCGUCUUCUCCGGCAACCGCAUCCUCACGUGGCGCCGCUUUGCCAUCUGGACCCUCACCGCGAUUUGGCACGGGAGUGUCGCGUACUUUGGCAUGACGUUGCUUCUCUCGUCGAUGCGCCCUGGCGUGACGCUGUGGUGGCUCGGCACUGCCAUUUACACUCUCCUCCUCCUCCUCGUCACGCUUAAGAUUGCCACCGACACCCGAAACUGGACGUGGAUAACGCACGUGUGCACGUGGGGCUCGCUUGUUGUGUUCGUUGGGUUUGUGCUCUACUCACAGGGCGUCCCGCUUGUCUUUGGCUCCGGCACCACCCCGGGCAUCUUUUGGUCUGCGCUCAACCUGUGGGGAACAGACUAUUACUGGGGCGCCCUUGUUGUGCUGGUCGUCGUCGCCAUGCUCCCAGACUACCUCUUCGGGUUUGCGCGCCGCAUCUUCUUCCCGACAUAUGUGCAGCAGCUGCAAGCGCGCGAGUGGCAGCGGAAGUACAACGGCAACUACGCCUGUGUGGCAUCUUGUCUUCAGCGCAGCCAAGAGCGGGAGGGAUUGCGUGCAAGCUUCACGCCUCCAUGACACAGCCAGCUGCGGCUCACACGACGCGUGUGCUCCCAUGACACACACACACACACACACACACA